AUGCAUGAGCAGCUUCUGGCCGUUAGUCAGUCCGGCGCGAUGGUUGCCGAUAAACAAGAUACUAGACAUGACUUUGAAGAUACUAGACAUGACCAGGAAAUUAUGAAAUUCAUGGUUAUAAUGAUAGUCAUUCUACGAAAUCCGGCUCACCGCCCCGUCAGCCCCUCAGCCCUCGUCAGCCCCCGUCUCAGCCCCCUCCGCCCCUCCGUCAGCCCCCUCAGCAGUCAGCCCCCUCCGUCAGCCCUCUCCGUCAGCCCCCUCCGUUCAGCCCUCUCCGUCAGCCCCUCCGUCAGCCCUCUCCGUCAGCCCCCUCCGUCAGCCCUCUCAGCCGUCAGCCCCCCGUCAGCCCCCUCCGUCAGCCCUCUCAGCCCCCUCCGUCAGCCCUCUCACCCCCUCCGUCAGCCUCUCCGUCAGCCCCUCCGUCAGUCAGCCCUCUCGUCCUCCGUCAGCCCUCCGUCAGCCCUCUCCGUCAGCCCCUCCGUCCGUCAGCCCUCUCCGUCAGCCCCCUCCGUCAGCCCUCUCCGUCAGCCCUCUCCGUCAGCCCCUCCGUCCCCCUCCGUCAGCCCCUCUCUCCGUCAGCCCUCUCCGUCAGCCCCCUCCGUCAGCCCCUCCGUCAGCCCCUCAGGUUCUGAAAUAACUUUGUCCUGGGGCUGUCAGCUCAAGUCAGCCGAGGUUCACAUUCUGAACUUGGACAACAAACUUUCCUAA